GACUGCGGCAAUUUCGUUUUUCGGAGCUGGUUCGCAUGUUGGUUAAUGCUACUAAGAGCAUAACUGGUUUUCCCAAUUACAAUAAGACGCUUCACACAUAGUCAUAUGGCAUCUGGGAAUUCUGUAAUCGUAUCAAGUCAAAUAAAUGUAUCAUCUACGUCAGUGUUGGCGACGGAAAGUUCAUGUCAAAACAGUAUCGCUAUAUCGGAUUCUCCUCGUCACCAUACGGUCCCACAUGGUGAAGCUCAUCCCCCUCCUACGCAACUCAUCAAGUUAAAUUCUCUUGCUGGCUCGACAGUCUCAAGAAAAGAAAAACUUCAUACAUCUUCUCGAUUCGGUGCUCCAAAGAGUCGUGAGCUUAAUCCUUUACCUCUUAUUAAAGAUUCUGACAAUCAAGAAAAGCGAGAGGAGCUAUUUAUUCAAAAACUAAAACAAUGCUCAGUUGUAUUUGAAUUUGUACCGGAUAUUUUAAGCGAUUUAAAAGAUAAAGAGGUGAAACGAGCAGCUCUGCACGAAUUAACUGAAUAUCUGACUGAAAAUUCCGGCAUAAUUACAGAUUCAAUAUAUCCAGAAGUGGUUCGAAUGGUUGAAGUCAACCUAUUUCGUACAUUACCACCACCAAGUAAUCCAUCUGGUGCAGAAUUUGAUCCAGAAGAGGAUGAGCCAACAUUGGAGGCAGCUUGGCCUCAUUUACAAUUGGUAUAUGAAUUCCUACUUCGUUUCAUUGAAUCUCCGAAUUUCCAACCAAAUGUUGCUAAGCGUUAUUUCGAUACAAAAUUUGUAUUACAGCUAUUAGAAUUAUUCGACAGUGAAGAUCCUCGUGAACGUGAUCUUGUCAAAACUAUUUUACAUCGUGUAUAUGGGAAAUUUCUUGGAUUACGUGCAUUUAUCCGUAAACAAUUUGGUAACAUAUUUUAUAAGUUCAUUUACGAAACAGAAGUUCAUAAUGGAAUUGCUGAACUUUUAGAAAUUUUGGGCAGUAUCAUUAAUGGAUUUGCAUUACCAUUAAAAGAAGAACAUAAGAUAUUUUUAAUGCGUGUAUUACUUCCAUUGCAUAAAGUUAAAUCAGUUAGUAUAUAUCAUGCACAAUUAGCUUAUUGUGUUAUACAAUUUUUAGAAAAAGAUCCAACACUUACUCAACAGGUUGUUCUUAGUUUAUUAAAAUUUUGGCCAAAAACUCAUAGUCCUAAAGAAGUGAUGUUUUUAAAUGAAUUAGAAGAAAUUCUUGAUGUUGUUGAUCCAUCAGAAUUUCGAAAAAUUAUUCGACCACUUUUUACACAAUUAGCUAAAUGUGUAUCAUCUCCUCAUUUUCAAGUUGCAGAACGUGCAUUAUACUUUUGGAGUAAUGAUUAUAUCCUUCAAUUAAUGCAUGAUCAUGUUGAAGAAAUUCUGCCUAUAAUGUUUCCUGCUUUAUAUCGUACAAAAGAACAUUGGAAUAAAACAAUUCAUGGUCUUGUAUACAAUGCUCUUAAAUUAUUCAUGGAAAUGAAUCAAAAACUUUUUGAUAAUUGUACACAACGAUAUAAAGAAGAGAGACAAAAAAGUAGAGAAGAAGCUAAACGUCGGGAACGUGUAUGGGCUACAUUAAGUGAAACUGCCAAAGGCAAUCCAUUGUACGCUGUGGUUAUGAAAGAAGCAUCAGUUUCAAAUAGAGAAUUGCCAAAUUCAGUUGCUCCUAAUUCCAUUUCAUCACCAUCUCCCAUGGGUGACCAUUGUGUAAAUAAUGGGACUCCAUCUACAAGUAACACUGAAAAUGAUGACGGUCCUCUUGGUGCAGAUGAAGACGUUAGCGGUUCAUUGAUGAAUCUUCAACGUGAAGCGGAGGAUGAUGUAUGUAGAAUAGAAUUUAAUGCAUUACAUUAGAUACUACAGAAGAUUAUAACGCUGACAUUUAAUCAGUUUUAAAAUUAUCUGCAAAUCAUAUUUAUUAAGUCUGGUGCACUAAUCGGUUGAGCUACUAAUUUCAAGACUCCUGUAAUAUUUGACAUUUUAACUGUGGUUGAUUUGAGGAAGUGAAACCACCUGAGCACCUCUGGGGCUACUGCCGGUCACAAGCCCGGAUAAAGAAGGAGGGUUGGGCUUAGGGUUAGCGACCCCAUCCCGUAGAAAACGCUGACCAGAAAAAAAUAAUUUAAAGCAUUUAAACUCUGUCCUGGGAGUUAGGAGGUCUUCAUUUAGGCGAGUAAUGACGCCUCAUAGUGAAAGCCGAGUUUCUUCGAAAGUCACGAGACUGAUGCCUCUUCUGAAAACCAGCGCAUCCAUUAAUUUAGGUACAUGAAGUGUUCGUACAAUGUGUAAGACCGGGAGAGUCUUCUGAAUUGCUGAAAAAAUGAUGAGAUGCAACCUAGAGUUGCUUGGAAUCAUACACAGACAACAAAUGUUAUCCAUAGUUUAUAAAUGAUCUUCUAGAAAAUAUACUUAAACUAAGAAUGAGUUUCAUAUUUGUUUUCUUAGGUUGAAGGAUGAAAUUAUCAUAAAGGCUCUAAUUGUGUUAGUUAUAACAAAAACAAAAUCCAAUACUACCGGAAGUAUACGUUCGAUCUACGAAUCCCCAUUACUUCGAAAUGAUUGAGGUUUUUAUACAACUUUUAGAUUGAUUUAUGUGAUGCCAAUUAAAAAGUUAACGUAGAUAGUUUAUCACAAUGAGACUUUCCCACAGUUGUAAAUAAAAAACAUUGAUUCAACGACUUAUUAGGUCAAAUUGUAACUUGUUCACGAAGUACAGAUUUCUUUAUUCAGCUUUCAGCCACGCUGCAUGAGGUCUGGUGAUAGAAUCUGAUUAUAAAGGCGUAGUAGGUAUACGGGAUCCCGACGUAAAAUUUCUUUCCGUAAUCACUAGAUGUUUUAAUACUUAAUUUAUUUGUCAGUCAGCUACAGCAUAGGACCAGGCAUCGGUCCAAGUUGCCAAACCUCAUUAGCACAACAACAUGAACACUGGAUUCAUAGUAGUUAAUUCAAUGGUAGUAAUAUAUAAAAUAAGGAUCGCAUAUAAGGACAUAGUAUAGGAAGAAAGAAUUAGUCCAUAGAAAGAAAGAUAUGAAGCGAUUUUAAUUUCAUAGUGUAAGGGAAGACAAAGAGUGUAUACACCGACGCCAUUGUGAUCGAUUCUGAGCCAUGUCACUCAGAGUCCCAACCAUUGGUUACGAUAGUCACGCGGACUCCAACCAAGUAGUCUGCAUCUAUCAAUAUGGCUCAGAUUAGAAGUUAGUGACUGCAAGCACUGAUGCCACGUUUAGGUUUGGCCGCCCCUAACUUUCUUCUAACUGUUUCCAACAGUAGUCAGCAUCGCGCGUCGUGGUAUUUGGUUUUCAGCCAUACGUAACACGUGGCUCAACAAUCUUAGUUGAUGAAGAUACACAACCUCACCUACUGAUUUACCAUUAUUCUCUAAUACCCUGCGUCUAACCCUUAUUUAAUUUACACCAAACAAUUAAUCUGAGCAAUUAUAUAAAAAAGUACGAGUAAACAUAGAUUUAUCGCUUAUCUAUUUUAUUUUUCAGACGGAACUUCGUGGUAUAAUCAAUGAACGACGUCGUGAUAAACUUCCUAUGAUUCAACGAAAAUCAGAGCUUCCUCAUAGUCAAACUACUAUACGUGCUCUUGAACAACAUCGUCGUCCAGAUGAAUAUUUAAAAACUCAACCUGACAGCUAAGGUUUACAAGAAGAACAAUGAUUUUUUUUUCUAAAAAAAAUUAUUAUUAUUGGCUAAGUAUCCCGGUCUCAGCAGUUUUUUGGCACACACACACACACUUGUGAAUGUAAAAAAAAUACAAACAUAUAGUAUAGAGUAUAUGCUUCAGUUGUUUUUUUCCCCCACAGAUAUAGCGAACUGUUGAGAUGUCAGUUUCUCUGAAACUCUUCAGUGUUUACUUAGUUAAAUCAUCAGUUUAUCUUGUAUUUGUUUCAAAGAUGUUCAUUGUUAUUGUUGUUAUUGUUGUACAAUGAAUGUUCUUUUCAUUGUUUUUGUUUUUUACUAUGGCCUUUCAAUCUUCUUCUUGUUCGUGUUGUUCUAAUCAUUCGACACAUUUGUAUUAUCUCUUACCCUUUUUCCACCCUCCUCCCUUCCUCACCCACCCCCGUUUUUUUGUCUAACAUAAGCAUCAACAACAACAAAGAAAGAAGAAAAGUAAGAUUUCACUUUAACUCAGUAUUCCAGUUUAUUGUUUUACACCUUUUUUGGUUGGUUUGUUUUACUUGUUUCGUAUUUAAAGUACUAUAUUACUAAGUAGAAAUGAGUAAUAUUUUUAGCUUCCGAUAAUCUUGAAUAGAAAUUAAUGUUUGUUUUGUUUGUUCAUUACCGUUUCCCCCCCCCCCAACUUUAUUAUUUGAUUUAACUUGAACUCAUCAAGAGUUCACGUAUACUUGUGCAAACAUUGAUAACCUAGUCAUAAGUAUCAAAGUAUCUAUAUAUACAUGAUUUAUAUUAUUAUGACUUUUAAUAGGAAUGUUGUUUCUCAGGUCUCUCACUCUCACUCUCUCUCUCUCACAUUUCUCUUUAACAUGUAUCAUUGAUUGAUUGAUUAAAGAGAAUGGUGAUUAUUGUCUGUUCUGAAUCUAUGUGAUCUUGUCUAAUUUUUUUUUGUUUUUUGUGAAUGAAGUUUCAAUUUGUCUAUUUAUUAUUCUUUAGUAUUAUUUGAUCAAUUUCUAUCUUUAAUUCACCAUGUGUACCAUUUUGUUAUGAGAUAAUAAAAAAAAGGUGGUAUGAAUAAAUAAAUAGUAAGUCUAUAAGAAUAAAUGUGAUUGUUGAUUAUGUGUAUUCUAACCUCUUCUUCUUCUUCUUCUUCUUCUUCUUCUUCUUCUUCUUCUAUAUCAUUUUGCUACAGACCAACAUUCAUUGCAUAUAUUUGUGUAAUCAUUUGUAUUCGAAUAACUGAUAUACAAAUAUAUAUAUAUAUAUAUAUAUUUACUUACAAAGUUCUUGUGCCAUGUUUACUUCAAGUUGUAAACAAAUAGCU